GAGAAGGAGAAGGAGCAGAGGGAGUCGCGCUCUGAUGGGACCCACCAUGUGCGCUGAGCAGUGCGGUCGAGUCCACCGUGAGUUUGGAAGGCUACGGUCGACUGUAGAAUCACCAUGGGUCGAGGGGCUCGUCGCGGGGGCCGCCACGGCUCCGCCAAGCACUCCGCUGCCAUGGGGCGUCCUCGACUGGCCCCUGCGAAGGGAUGGCGGUGCCGGGCCGUCGUCUGCUGCGGCUCCCGCUAGCCUUCCGUCAUCGGGCUCAUCUGCGUCGUCGGACUCCAACCAUCCGAAGCCGCACCCAGACGUGACUGACCUGGUGCGCGGAGCAGACCAAGCUCGUUGCUGGUAUGCGGCCGCUACGGUGGAGGUUGAGAGGCUGAAGAACAGCCUCGCCGCCAUGGAGGUGGCGCUGAAGGAGGCGGAUGCCGAGACUGCUGACGCUCUCGCCCGGGUCGCCGGUUUGGAGUAGAAGGCAGGCGUCGCACGCCAGGAGGUGGCGGAGAUGCGACGCCGCCUCAACGACCCAGAGGAUCGCCACGAGGCCCUUUUGUAGGCGGUGCUCUGCGUGUUCUGCCUCGUCAGGCCGAUCGAGCCGAAGCUCAUCAACCGCCUGCGAAGCUUUUCGGGUCGCAUCCGGGAGGCGGUGGCUCUGGACGCUCGACGUAGCGCCACGACGAUGCUAGCUUCAAUCCAGCUCCGCUCCAGGUUACACCUGGGGCAAGACGAGCCGGGGUUCCCAGAGUGUUCGAGCGCAGCCACAGGCGCUCAUGCUCGACUUCUAUGGGGCCAUCGCGGUCUCGCUGUGACGGAGGUCGACGUCGACAACAUUCUUCGGAAUGGGGCGGAUCCCAGCCUGGAUGGCCUUUGAGUGGCGCUUCGACGGAGUGGUGCUGCUGAGGAAUGUGAGUACUCUAUCCUGCCUAUGAUGAGUGAAUUGUCAACCGUGCAGUGUGAUCGUGCGCUUGGUCUUUGAAUUGCAGGUACACCGGCGUUGAGUGUCGAUGGGGAGCUGCCGUGGAGGUGCUGUGGCCGAUGGACCGUGCGGUGAAUGGCGGUGAAGGGCAGCCGGGACCGGAGCUUGGACCGGGCGGCAGCUGUGGCGUCCACUCCUGGAUCGAGGGCGCAAGC